AUGGAUGAAUCACUCAUUCUUGCGCUGAGUCUGGCGGAAGCCGUAGAGGCUGACGCAGCGCUCAUCGAGGAAUUCAUGCAAGAAGACCAGAUUGCUCGUGACCGCAUGAUUGCUGAAGCGCUGAACGAGGAUCGCCAAGCGACUAUCGAGCCAGUGUCUCACCAACCUGUCCUUGAUGGAGAAACGUAUAAUACACUGAGACGUUUCAAUAUCGUCCCUUCCGAAACGGAUGCCGCAAAUGUGGAAGACGAAGAAGCACAGAAUCUGGUUACUGAUGCCGCUCAGGAUGAUCAGAGUGUUCAGCGUAUCCAGGUCGCUGCUGGCAACCAGGAAGCUGGCGACAACCAGGACGCUGGCAACAAUCAAGACACUGUUGACAACCAAGACACUUUCCAUAACGAGGACACUGUAGAUUGCCAGAAUAUUGUUUGUGGUCAGCUCACCCCUGAGAUGGAGGAUGGUGAUGCACCUAACACCAAUACUCUCGAGGAACACCCUCAGCACUCGACUACUACGGACGGGCCAGCCAACGACCAGCAGACAGAAGACGACCAAGUGCAAGUGGAAACUCAAGAACAGGCUCGGAAUAAUACAGAUGUCCUCUUGGCCACUGUGGAAACAUCCCCUGCUCCAGCCCCGUCCUCAGAGAUGGUACCUAUCCCAGACAUGAAGCAGUGCCUCUCCUGCCAGGACGAUUUCUCCGACGCCCAUACCUUCCAAGCACCGUGCUCUCACCAUUGGUGCCAACCAUGUCUUGUCCUGUGCAUCGAGAGCUCUCUGAAGGAUGAGUCUCUCUUUCCGCCCAAAUGCUGCGAACCUCUUCCAGUCGAAUCAUGUUAUUCUAUCCCACAAGACUUAGUCAAAAGGUUCCAAGACAAGACCUUGGAGUUCUCGACUGUUGACCGGACCUACUGCAGCGAUGCUGCAUGCGCAACCUUCAUUUUCCCUCAGUCUAUCAAGGGAGGAAUCAGAAACUGCACCCGGUGCGAGAGACAGACUUGUAUCCUCUGCAAACAAGUCCGGCAUGAGGGGAUCUGCUCGGAGGAUACUGAGGCCCAAGAAGUCCUGCACCUCGGACAACAACAGGGCUGGCAGCGAUGUGAAAAAUGCAAGCAUCUCAUUGAUCUCAAAAUAGGUUGUUACCAUAUUUAUGCUGCUCCAGGCCGUGUUGCAUUGGCCAUGAUCCGCAUCAGGGACGCUUAUCAAGAGAGACAAGCGGAAGAGGAGAGACAGCACCGAGAGAGAGAGCGCCAAGAGAGGGAGCGUCAAGCUGAAGCAAUACGACGUGAGCGAGCUGAACAAAUACGACGUGAGGUUCAGGAACGAACGUCGCUUCAUCCGGACUACUGCUUUCAUCAGAGUUAUGUACGAGUGGAAGGCCGGCACGAAUGCGCUGAACGUCGUCAAACUCCCGGGUCAUUCAUCCUUGAAUGUGACGAUUGUGACAUCUACGUAUGUCAUCGGUGCCGCGAUGCCGGAGGAUCCUGGCAAUUCGAAUAG